GCUCGUGGACACCGCGGAGGAAGCAUCGUCUUUUUUUUUUUUCUCCCCCCUCACCGCCGUCAUGUCUAAGUCAGAGUCUCCUAAAGAGCCCGAACAGCUGCGGAAACUCUUCAUCGGAGGUUUGAGCUUUGAAACAACAGAUGAGAGCCUGAGGAGCCAUUUUGAGCAAUGGGGGACGCUCACGGACUGUGUGGUGAUGAGAGAUCCAAACACCAAGCGCUCCAGAGGCUUUGGGUUUGUCACUUAUUCUACUGUGGAGGAGGUGGAUGCAGCCAUGAAUGCAAGGCCACACAAGGUGGAUGGAAGAGUGGUGGAACCAAAGAGGGCUGUUUCAAGAGAAGACUCUCAAAGACCAGGUGCCCACUUAACUGUGAAAAAGAUUUUUGUUGGUGGCAUUAAAGAAGACACCGAAGAGCAUCACCUAAGAGAUUAUUUUGAGCAGUAUGGAAAGAUUGAAGUGAUUGAAAUCAUGACAGACAGAGGCAGUGGCAAGAAGAGGGGCUUUGCAUUUGUAACCUUUGAUGACCAUGACUCUGUAGAUAAGAUUGUUAUCCAGAAGUACCAUACUGUGAAUGGCCACAAUUGUGAAGUAAGGAAAGCCCUGUCAAAGCAAGAGAUGGCCAGUGCCUCCUCCAGUCAAAGAGGUCGAAGUGGUUCUGGAAACUUCGGUGGUGGCCGUGGAGGUGGUUUUGGUGGGAAUGACAACUUUGGUCGUGGAGGAAACUUCAGCGGACGAGGUGGCUUUGGUGGCAGCCGAGGUGGUGGUGGAUAUGGAGGCAGUGGGGAUGGUUAUAAUGGAUUUGGUAAUGAUGGAAGCAAUUUUGGAGGCGGUGGAAGCUAUAAUGAUUUUGGCAAUUACAAUAAUCAGUCUUCAAAUUUUGGACCCAUGAAGGGAGGAAAUUUUGGAGGUAGAAGCUCUGGCCCUUAUGGUGGUGGAGGUCAAUAUUUUGCCAAACCACGAAACCAAGGUGGCUAUGGCGGUUCAAGCAGCAGCAGUAGCUAUGGGAGUGGCAGAAGGUUUUAAUGAGGAAACAAAGCUUAGCAGGAGAGGAGAGCCAGAGAAGUGACAGGGAAGCUACAGGUUACAACAGAUUUGUGAACUCAGCCAAGCACAGUGGUGGCAGGGCCUAGCUGCUACAAAGAAGACAUGUUUUAGACAAUACUCAUGUGUAUGGGCAAAAAACAAAACAAAACAAACUCGAGGACUGUAUUUGUGACUAAUUGUAUAACAGGUUAUUUUAGUUUCUCUUCUGUGGAAAGUGUAAAGCAUUCCAACAAAGGGUUUUAAUGUAGAUUUUUUUUUUCCGCACCCAUGCUGUUGAUUGCUAAAUGUAAUAGUCUGAUCAUGACGCUGAAUAAAUGUCUUUUUUUUAA